AUGUGUAUAAAAGUCCUGUCGCAUGUCCCAGCUCCACACGUUUUUGGGAGUCUUCCUGAUAGCAGCAAAGAGGUUUUUUAAAAAAAAAAGGACACAGACGGACACUGGGAGAGGAUCAUGUUGACUCUAGCCCUUCUGGGCCUCAGUAUAGGACUGGUGGCUAAUGCUUGCCCCAUGCAGCAGUCUAGAAACGGGAAGAACUGGGUGGUGAUUGUCGCUGGCUCCAAUGGCUGGCACAACUACAGACACCAGGCCGAUGCUUGCCAUGCGUACCAGAUCGUCCACAAGAAUGGCAUCCCUGACAAGCAGAUUGUUGUGAUGAUGUAUGAUGAUCUGGCAACCAAUGAGAAAAACCCCACCCCAGGGGUGGUGAUCAACCGACCCAAUGGGACAAACGUCUACAAGGGAGUCCCCAAAGACUACACUAGAACCGCUGUGACCCCUGACAACUUCCUGGCGGUGCUGAAGGGUGACUCUGCCAGUACAAAGUGGGGUUCUGGAAAGGUACUGAAGAGCGGUCCCAACGACCAUGUGUUUGUGUACAUCACUGCUCACGGAGCGCCUGGUCUGCUGGCCUUCCCCAAUGAUGAGCUCUAUGCUGCCGACCUCAUGGACGUUAUUAACUACAUGCAUAAGAACAAGAAAUACAAAAAGUUGGUGUUCUAUAUUGAUGCCUGUGGGUCAGGAUCAAUGAUGACCAAGCUGCCUGAUGACAUCAAUGUGUAUGCCACCACAGCAACCAGCUCCAGUGCCUGUUACUAUGACGAGAAGAGGAAGACCUACCUGGGGGACUGGUACAGUGUUAAUUGGAUGGAAAACUCUGAUGUGGGGGACCUGAGCAAGAAGACCCUAAUGAGUCAGUUCAAGAUCGUCCAGAGCCACACCAGACACGUCAAGCAAUUUGGAAACAAGACUCUGGCCAAUAUGAAGGUAAAGUCUUUUCAAGGUAAUGCCAACGCCCGGCCUGCCCCCAUGACCCUGCAGCCUGUAGUGGAGCCAGGUCUAAUCCCCAGCCCUGACGUCCCUAUGGCCAUCCUCAAUAGGACAUACACAGCCACAGCCAAGGAGUAUCUCAACCAGCUCUCUACUCACACCUCAAGGUAAUUGUGACAUUCCCCAGUUUCUGCGGUUGAGCAGCUGAGACAGAAGAUGGUGAAGGUGGUGCAGUGUGUGACGGGCGUUAACCACGAGAAUCCGAAAAUUCUGAGUGUGAAGAUGGAUCUGACGCAGCACCAGUGCUACAAGGAUGCUGUCAGUCAUUACAAGACACAUUGCUCAGACUGGUUUUCCACUGAGUAUGGGUAUCAUCUGCGGCACCUGUAUGCGUUGUUCAACCUGUGUGGGUCAGGAUAUCGAACAGAUUGUAUCCUGAUGACAAUCGAGAAAGUGUGUCUAGUUGAAGAGAGAAACCUCCAAUCAGGUUGCUGUGUCUACAGACAGGGGUGUCUGAGAAGACGAGUCUCGUCUUUUCACUGACAAGAAAUAAAGUUUGAAUCUUUUUUAUUUUUUAAUCACUACUCUCUUCUAAUCAUAGCUUUGAUUUCAAACUUGUUUUUUUCCCCUCCAGUUUUAAUGAGACCUUUUUUUAAAUAUGUUUUUUUUUUUAUGUUGAAAUUCACUAUAUCCCUGUGACAGUUUGUUUUGAUUUUGAUGAGAAGAAUGUUUUUCUAUUUUUUUAUUUUUUUACUGCUCUGAUUUCUAUGAACACUGAGAGGAGAUCUGGAGCCAGUUUGCCCACUUGGUUGUCAGCUCUGCUUUGCAGGUAGCUCUGCUCUGCUCUGCAGGUAGCUCUGCUCUGCUGGUAGCUCUGCUCUGCAGGUAGCUCUGCUCUGCUCUGCUGGUAGCUCUGCUCUGCUGGUUGCUCUGCUCUGCAGGUAGCUCUGCUCUGCUCUGCAGGUAGCUCUGCUCUGCUCUGCUGGUAGCUCUGCUCUGCUGGUAGCUCUGCUGCAGUAGGGUGAAGUUCACCUAGUUUCUGAUCUUAAUGUCAGUUCUGCUCCCCCC